GAGACCAUGAAUAAGUCAGGGAUAUCUACUGUGACACAGUUCAUCUUGUUGGGCUUUCCUGGUCCCUGGAAAAUACAGAUCACCCUUUUCUCAAUGAUUUUGUUCAUCUAUAUCUUGACUCUAACUGGGAAUACAGCCAUCAUUUGUGCAGUGAGAUGGGACCAUUGGCUCCAUACCCUUAUGUAUGUGCUCCUGGCCAACUUCUCCUUCCUAGAAAUCUGGUAUGUGACUUGCACAGUCCCCAACAUGCUGGUCAAUUUUCUUUCCAAAACCAAGACCAUAUCAUUCUCUGGUUGUUUCACUCAAUUCUACUUCUUCUUUUCACUGGGCACAACUGAAUGCUUCAUCCUCUGUGUCAUGGCUUAUGAUCAGUACCUGGCCAUCUGCCAUCCACUGCACUAUCCCUCCAUUAUGACUGGGCAGCUCUGUGUCACUCUGGUGUCUCUUUGUUGGCUCAUUGGUUUCCUUGGACAUGCAAUUACUAUUUUCUUCAUUUCUCAACUACCCUUCUGUGGUCCCAACAUUAUUGAUCACUUUCUAUGUGAUGUGGACCCACUGAUGGCAUUGUCCUGUGUGGCACCCAUCAUAGAGCAUGUAUUCCAUUCUGUGAGCUCUCUUAUCAUCAUUACCACCAUUUGGUACAUUCUUAGGUUCUAUGCCCUGGUGCUCAGAGCUGUCCUUAAGGUUCCUUCUUCAGCUGGGCGGCAAAAAGCCUUCUCUACCUGUGGAUCCCAUUUAGUUGUAGUGUCUUUGUUCUAUGGAACCAUAAUGGUGAUGUAUGUGAGUCCCACAUCUGGCGACUCAGUUGCUAUGCGUAAGAUCAUCACACUGAUAUACUCUAUAGUGACACCAGUCUUAAACCCCAUCAUCUAUAGCCUAUGCAACAAGGACAUGAAAUUUGCCCUCCAUCAGGUCAUUUGUGGAAUGAAAAUCCUCCAAACUUUGUGA